CAUGAGAGGGAGACAGCGCUGCACUGUGCGGCCCAGUACGGCCACUCUGAGGUGGUGUCCAUCCUACUGCAGGAGCUGACAGACCCCACCAUGAGGAACAGCCGCGACGAGACGCCCCUGGACCUGGCCGCGCUCUACGGACGACUUCAGGUGGUCUGUAUGUUGGUGACCGCCCACCCCAACCUGAUGAGCAGCCACGGGACAAGGCUCCACACACCCCUGCACCUGGCCGCCCGCAACGGGCACCACUCAGCCGUGCACACCCUGCUGGAGGCCGGCAUGGACGUCAACUCCCAGACGGAGAAUGGCAGUGCUCUCCACGAGGCAGCUCUCUAUGGGAAGAUGGAUGUGGUUCGUCUGUUGCUAGACUCAGGUAUUGAUGCCAACAUCACAGACUGCCAGGGAAGAACAGCUCUGGAGAUCCUCAGAGAACACCCCGCACAGAAGUCCCAGCAAAUCACUGCACUCAUGCAAGAAUAUAUGAUGGAGGAGAUGAUGGACAAUAAGUGUGUGUUGAUGGAGGAACCUAUUCGCCAGUGUCCUGUCCCCACACCUCGCACCUCUAUCCCCUCUCCCUCCGCCUCCCCCUCCCUCAGGCACAAAAAUGAUGCUGUGACAGGGGAGCUCUCCAAACUGCUGAAUGAGAUGAAGAUGUGUCGGGACAGAGACUACUCCUUUGAGGAGCUCUGCCAGACCAUCUCAUCCCACUCUCAUUCCAUGGAGAGCUUUGGCAGCGGUCACCUAUCAGACGAGGAGCGACGCAGUAACGGCACCCUGAGCAGAGUCAGAAAGCGGCCCACUGCUCCACUUCCCACGGCCCAGGAGGAAGAGGAGGGUGAGAAGAGCUGUGGCCCCGCUGGGUUCUGGGAGGCCCUCACACCCUGCAACGGUUGUCACAACCUGGGCUUCUCCAGCCUGUCACAGGACUCGAAGCGUUCGGCGGAGAUCGUACCAUCGCCCUCCCUUGACGUGUUCUUACCGGAGGAUGAGGACAAUCCGUAUGAGUCCGUCACCACCGCCGUGACCCGCAAGCCUUGCUCGCUGGACAUCGGCCUCUUCAACACCUGCCCCCUCAACGGCCACUCUCCCCAGGUGACGGUGACUGAGCCGGAGCUGUGUAACCAUAGGAACAGCUCCUCACCGACGGGGCCUACUCCAGACUGCUCUCCCCCUUCCCCAGACACUGCCCUGAAGAGCAUUGACAGAGUCAUCCGCCCACAGCCCAAACAGCGGACCUCCCUCUCCUCCUCCCUGGAUGUCCAGAACCAGAGGCCAGUCAACCACAGCUGUGAUCCCUCCGAGGUGAGCUCGUCCUUGGGCUACGCCAGCUUCAGCACCAGCCCGCCAGUCAGCCCCAACCAGGACUCGCCCGGCUCCAACAACGACUGCCCCCUCACAGACGACGGGCCGUACCAGCAGAACCCUCCCCCCUCCUCUUCCAAUACACUCCCACUACCAGACGGCCGACGACAGAGCCUCGUCCCCGUAGAGUUCGCCGGCCUCCUCCACGGCUCCUCGCCGGCCUGCGAGACGCCCGACACACCCUACCACCUCUACACCUCCAACACCAAGCCCAAAGCCCGAAAACACACCCCCUCGGACCCCCACACCAGCCCGGUAACCACGCUCGGUAACCACGGCAACUUCGCUUCGGUAACCCAGCCCCCUGAAUUAGGAAUUGGACUGCCACCGCCCCUCAUUAUCCCUCACACAGGAAACGAGGCGUUGGCUCUGAAGACCCCCAAAGACCCCCUCAAAGACGACAGACCCCCCAAACCUCAGGUAGUCUAUCGCACCAUCUUCCACACCCGGGUUAACCAGAACCCCCAGAGCGCCUCGCCCUCCUCGCCGUAUGGUUGGACCAGGGAGGCGGUGGUGGUGAGGGGGGGUGUGUCGGGAGCUGGCGGACCCAGGGAGGGGGCACCGGGGUCUGGGUACGAGGACAGGGCCUUUACCCUGGGCAGGAUGAGAUCCAUACCUCGCAGUGUGCUGGACCUAAAGCUCUCCAAGUCACUGUCCAAGUCUGACUCCAACCUGGUGGCUGUGUCGCCCAUACAGGAGGAGUACCACUGGGGGCCGGGGGCCGGGGGCCAGGGGCCGAGAGGAAGCCCAGGGGACACCGCCAGUCCUGGGGGCCAGCUAGAGAGAACUCCCUCCUUCACUGCUGAAUGGGAGGAGAUUGAUAAGAUAAUGAGCUCCAUUGGGGCUGGCAUCAGCACUGGCACGAGCUCAGAAGGGAUCAAGGAGAAUAAUGCAGGUCCCCGGUGCCCCAUGCAGUCUGUGGGCCAAUGGCUGGACAGCAUUGGACUGGUCCAAUACGAGAACCACCUACUGGCCAACGGCUUCGACAACGUGCAGUUUAUGGGCAGUAACGUGGUGGAGGACCAGGACCUGCUGGAGAUCGGGAUCCUCAACUCAGCCCACAGACAGAGGCUGCUACAGGCCAUACGCCUACUGCCCAGGGUGCGUCCUAUUGGCUAUGACGGUAACAACCCCACGUCAGUGGCUGAGUGGCUGGAGUCUCUGGAGCUGGGAGACUACACUAAGUCCUUCCUCAUCAACGGAUACACCUCCAUGGAACUGGUCAAGAAGAUCUGGGAGAUAGAACUCAUCAAUGUGUUGAAGGUCAGUCUGAUAGGACACAGGAAGAGAAUUCUGGCCUCGCUGGGAGACAGGCUUCACCAAGACCCUCCACAGAAACCCCCACGGGCCAUCUCCCUACGGGAGCCCGGUGGCUGCAACACCCCUCCCCAGAUCCUUCCGGGCCAGGCUGCGUACACCACGGCGGGCGUCCCGGGGGGCUCGUUGGACGUGCAGCACCUCAUCAUGCAGGCGGACGCACGGCGCCGCCAGCGCUCCAACGACAACUACUUAGAGGAGAUGCCUCGCUCCAAACUGGAGCGGCAGAUGGCCCAAGUCAGCAUGUCUCAUGAUGUUGGAGAAAGACCUUCUGCAAGAAAUGAUACUCAAGGCGAAUGGUGCGAGCCAAUCACGUUGCGUCCUCCCAACGAGGCCACCUCGUCCACUCCAGUGCAGUACUGGCAACACCACCCUGAGAAACUCAUCUUUCAGUCGUGUGACUAUGAAGCUUACUACCUGGGCUCCAUGCUGGUGAAGGAGCUGAGAGGAACAGAGUCAACACAAGACGCCUGCUCCAAGAUGAGGAAGUCUACAGAACAGAUGAAGAAAGUCCCAACCAUCGUUCUGUCCGUCUCCUACAAGGGAGUCAAGUUCAUCGACGCUACAAACAAGAACAUCAUAGCUGAGCAUGAGAUCCGUAACAUCUCAUGUGCGGCCCAGGAUCCUGAGGAUCUGUCCACGUUUGCCUACAUCACCAAAGACCUCAAGUCCAGCCACCACUACUGCCAUGUCUUCACUGCCUUCGAUGUGAACCUGGCGUAUGAGAUCAUCCUGACCCUGGGCCAGGCCUUUGAGGUAGCCUACCAGCUGGCCCUGCAGGCCAGGAAGAGUGGCCAUGGCUCCUCCACGCUGCCAGAGAGCUUCGACAUCAAGCCCAACAAGCCCGUCCCCAAGCCCCGCGUCAACAUCCGCAAGUCUAUGGAGCAGCCGUCGAUGGAGCAGAAAGGUCAUGCCAACGUGCCGUGGAUAGUGGAACCAGGGCAGGAGGCCAAGAGAGGAGCGAACACCAAGUAUGAGACCACUAUUUUCUAAUAGCGUAUACCACCCGCCUGUCCACUCCUGUGUGUGUGCCUUGCAGAGAGCUGGCCCUCUAGAGGCCCCCCAACGGAGCUGCACGGCACGAGCAACCCUCUUAUGCGGCGACGUGUGUGACCUCACUGGCCGAAAAACCCACCCCGCCCGCUCCGCCGUUAGCCGCCGCAACCUCUGCAUGAUGCCGUUUGGGGCUGCGCUGUGUCUCUCUCACAGACUCCUCUCUCUUACUCUCUCCCCACCUUCCCUUUCCUUGUCCUGUUGACGCCUUAGCCUGCCUGCAGGGGCGGAGCAUGAACUUUUACCCUUGGGGUGAUGGUGCACCUCUGUGUCUAAACCUGUAGGGGGCAACAGUCAGUUCUAUUUUUACAUUUUCCAUGGUCAGCCCUCCCCUCCGAUGUGUCAGGCAGCCAGUUGGUUGGUCAGUCAAUCACUCUUAAUUGUUUUCCUGACUGGGGGGGUGGAACCAUUUGGUUAUAUCUAAUUUUUUCCUCUUCCUACUGCUGUUCCUCCGCUCCUCGCUUUUCUUUUUUGUCUCUCUCUCUUCACCCGUUCGACAAGCUGAAUGAGAAUAUGUAGACCAUUAUGCUGCUAAGAACCCCACCCCUAACAGUCUUUUUGUCUUUGUUGUUUUUUAGAGCAAAGCCAAUUCUCCAGCACUAGGUUUGCGUGUUGAUGUUUUGGGGGAUUUUGUUGUCCAGUACUGGCAACCCAGAGGAAAGUGGAGGGAACAUUUGUUUAUCAGUUCCAUCCAGUUGGAGAGGAUAAUGGACUGCUAUGAGAGAUGAUGUAGCAAAUGUUACUUAACAAAAAAAAGUUGCUAGUUCAACAGACUCCUGUCUUGAUCAUAUAUCAGUCUUUGAUUUUUACAGCAGAUUAUUUUUUUUAGACAAAUUUUGAGAAUUUUUUGAGUGGCAAAGCGUUGUUUGUUUAUUUGAGACUAAUUGACCUUUGACACAGGAAGGAAUAGUUUUUAAACCACAUGCUAUACCUGUGUCCAGAUUGAAUUUGUUUAAAAUAGGUUAUUAUUAGAUUCAUCAUUUUCUUUCUAUACUUGUUUUGUUGGGAAAUGCUGAAAAGGUUUAGCUUGUGGCUUGUGAGGCUCAUGGAGUCCAGGGGCGGGGCCGGUGGAUAGGAGGCUCAUGGAGUCCAUUUUGGACUGACUGGUGACGAGGGAGGGGCGGAGCCGGUGGAUAGGAGACUCAUGGAGUCCAUUUUGGACUGACUGGUGACGAGGGAGGGGCGGGGCCGGUGGAUAGGAAGCGGGGUUUAGGGACUCUGGAUAAGUGGUGUGAUCUCAUUCGCAGGGCAAUGCCGGACGCCCAUGUCUAUUACUGUGGAAUGCAAAGAAUGUAGCCAGCCUUAAACACGGACCCUCUCACACACAAUGCAAAAAGGACUACAAAUGUGGACCCUUCUGUCUCUGUGUCAAAGGACUACAAACAUGGACACUCUCUAACGAACUUGGUGUUUAAUGUUGAUUACAAAACAAGGACAUCUUCCCACAAACCAGAAACAUUGGACCCAUGGACUAUCUGUGUCACACACACACACACACACACACACACACACACACACACACACACACACACACACACACACACACACACACACACACACACACAGAGAGAGUUAAGGGACUGCUUAGUAACAGAUGUCAGUCAGAUAUGUGAAUGUAGACUUUCAUUGAAGCAACUACAACUUUAGCCCCUGUUCUGCAUUCAAUUGGACCUUGACCUUUGAACUCUUUACCACGGUCACCCAAGGUCUGGACUGUAAUGGACAACUGUCCACAAACGCACCACUGGGGCAUGUCUGUAUUUGAAUGGGGAUGAGGUAAAGGACUUCUGGUUGGCUCUUUUCCUCUUGUUUAAUGGUCAAUAAUACAAUAAUAUGGAUAGAAUUGGACUAGCCGUGCCAGACCACCAUGCAACAGGUGAGCCAAAGGAUGGCUCCGCCUACCUGAGCAAAACGCCAUCCAUCCCAAUUAAAGAAAUAUUCAUAUUAAUACCGGACGUUUUAAAUGUUUCAUAUGAGAGUAUUAUAUUACCUUAUGAUUAUUCUUGUGUAAUUCUUGUCUACUCUUGUCUUAAUGUUACAUUAUUUUUAUAUGAUAUGCUGAAAUGAAAAAAUCCGGGCUUGAGAAUGAUUGCCAUCCUUUAAAAAAAUACCAUAAUAGUUCUAUACUGAGAGUGAAUGUUUCAGAUGCCUCCUCUCCUUAUGAUUAAUAAUAAUAGCUAUUAUUAUUUGUAUUAUUUGUAUAUUGGUGUGUCCGGUCAACACACCAAUCUGUUUCUCAUGGGGCUAGACUCAUAACUCCAAGCAGAUAUAAUAUUUUACCACAGUGUUUAUGUAUUCCUUGGAUGCAUACAUAGUCCUCUCUAAAUGUACAUAGAUAUUUUGCCAGCUCAUUGUUCAUACAUGUAAUGUAGUAAAACAUUUACAAAAAUAAAGGAAUAAAAUAUUUGCCGCACAUCGCACUGGAAACAAGGUACCAAAAUGAAAAGGUCAGAGUUGAAAAUAAAAUCUAUGGUUCUACAGAUUGUAUUGGGGAGGGUUGGGACAGGGGGUGAUGACAUCACUGCUGACUAACUCAUGUACAUAGGCUUGGGCUUCCAGCACACAGAUUUUGUACGUUUUGGUCAUUAUUUAUAUCCUUGUAAAUCACAUGGAAUAAACACAACUUGUACAACCAUUAAUCAA